UGUGGUUGUGAACUAGCAUCUGAGUGAGUGGCGAAGAUGAGCACCGCAGAAAAUCAAUCAUCUCCAGAUAACCAAACCGCUAAUGGGAAGGCUUCCCGUCUUUUCGGAGAUCAAUCACCAACCAUGCCUGGAUCCGCCGAAGACGUGCUACCCCUUCCUGUAAGAUUGGCUCUGGUGUUCAUUGGCCAUUGGCGUCCUGGGGUGAAGAAAGAUGAAGAGAAAACACUCACUCCUUCCAAGGAAAACAACAAUGACAACCGGAAGGAGUCGAAGUACGAUGAGGAGAAGAUGAUAGGAGGUCCAAGAUCAUCCACCGACGAUGUCACGUCCCUACUGUUGAGACAUGAUGAAAACCUUCACAUGCAGGAGGAACGAACCCCAUUGUGCAAGCGAUUGAAAGAAUACUGCCGUUGUUCAGACCUGAUGGGAAUGGCAUUCCUUAUAUUCUCGUGCUGCAUGAUGUUUUACGACCUAGAAGCAUAUUUUCAUAGUUACUGGGGUGUCAAAGAAUACACCCUUCAUUUUGUCACGUACGUCACCUUUGUAGGUCAGCUUAUGGUUUUACCUUACUGGUUCCUGUUCACGCGCAUAAAAUAUGGGAUAAUCAGUAAAAGUCACCUUCGGGUUUCCACUACGUCCAGGAAUUUCAUCUCACAUCGAAUCAAGGUCAUCCGCAGAGGGCGCUCCGACUCGAUCACCCUGUCCUGGUUUCCUUUCUGCUGCAUCCUUGCGUGGCCCGUAAUAACGGGGUGCUUUCGAGUCUUGUACGACUACGAAUUCCGACUCUGUAAGAUAUCCAGUAUCCAUGGUGAAGUAAGUCACUGGAAUUCACUCCUCGGGUUUGUCACCUACGGGUGCUUUUGUUAUAUCUUAUACUUGCAGCGCAAAUCGUUCGAAAUCGAAGCGCACCAGGUGUUCCGUUACGCCUUGGAACAGGCGCCCUACCAGAAUGUCGAUGCGGUGCUCAGCCGCAUCCGGCAGUUUAACUUACAGUAUAAAUUCAUCCGUAAGCACAUCAGGCGAUGGAUGGCGUUUACUAUCCUGGUUUCAACGUUCGGGCUUACAUCUUGUAUCGCAUGGAAUUACCUGGUGUUCAAUGAAAAGAAAAAGAAUAACAACCCAGACCUUCUCUGGUCCAUCUACUUCAUGAACGCCCUGGUCAGCUCACAGAAGAUCACCUUCGUCGUUGUACCUGUGUUUGCACUGGGUGGUUUUAACCUGGAUCAUAUUUGGAGACGCUUCAAAGAAAAUAUCGCCCACAGCAGAGAAUACAAAUACAAGAAAUUCUGGAAAGCUGUCACCAAGUACGUCAAAGACAUAAAUCACGUCUCAUUUUCUGGGGAUGUGACAUCUUCUAUCAUAUCCUCGGGGAUCGGUCUCUAUCUCGGAUUAAAUUUGACAAAGAGCCAGGAUAUUAGCUUCUGGGUCGACCCAGCACAAGGUUGCAAUCUGACAUUUCCCACGGGUUUUUAGGAAUACAUGUCAAUCCUUUGACACCGAUGUUCCAGCCACAUCAACAAAAUCGAGUCCAUAUCGACAAGUGUUACGUCAUUGCAAAUAAAGUAAUAGCUUUGAAUUGUCUCGGGUCGGUUUUGUAGGACAGUAGCAUAAAGGAAUUAUCAUGAUGUGACACUUGAAGCAACAAAAAAGCUGGGGAGGGGGCGUGGUCCGUUAAACUACCCUUCGUAGAUUGGUCAAGAAUAGCAUGAUGAUUUAUACAAGUGUGUUAUCACUUCUGUUGGGUGUAAAUCUAAAGAGAUACUCUGACAUUUAUUACGAUUGAUUGUAACACUUUGUACAUGGAUACACAGUCACUGUAAAUGCAGCUACACUUGAUAGAAUAAUUAAAUUGAUCAUAUCUUUUAUAACACAUGGCACUGGCGGAUUGAUUUUUAAAUCAUUAUGUAAUAGAUAUAUCUUUAGUUAUUAAGAUCUCUUAGUUUUUUUAUUCUUAUUUCCUCCCAUCAACAACUUUUUUGUGGUCCUUAAAUCUAAAUUAUGGCAAUAUGUCUAUUUGAUUAUAAUAAUUUGAAAUUCAAUCGGUGUUUAUACGUAGUUUCAUGCAAUUCACCUCCAUCCAUUUUUUUUUGCUUUUGACUGACUUUCUUACUUUUAUCGAUUAAGUCAAGUAAGUAGGCAUAUUUAUAUUUUAGUGUUCUACUUUCUUUUCCUCUUCGUCUUAUAAAUUAUUAUCCGAAAUAUUUCCAUUCAGUUUUCACUUAUUCAGUGAAUUUGAUGAAACUUGAAUAUAAUUUUUUACUAUAUUGCACCACUGAUUUUUUUUCAAUUUCGAACUGUUUCAUGUAGAUGGUUGACUAAGUUCAAGUGUGUACACCAACGCAUUAUUAGGUUGGAAAAAUAUAUGAACUUCAAAUACCUUGUCAUUCAUCAACUAUUUUGUUCAUUGAUUACAUCAAAAAAUUAUUGGUAAGUUUCAAUUAUGUGUGACUCCAUACAAAUCAAUAGGAAGAGCAUUAUUUAUUCUUCUCUGUGACACCAAAUUUGUGAUGGUAGCCCAAGUAUUUGUUGAGAUGAAGUAUAUUUCAUGACUCUGUCAAGAGAGAACCUCCAAACGUUUCUUUUUUUCAAAUGCAUGUUAACUUUAGGUUCCAAACAAGGCACCCAUCAUCGAAAGCUAUUUUACUCCUACUGUAUAUUCUCAGAGAGGGAUAUUGUCUUCUUAGAUGAAUACAGAAUGACAGAUUUCAAUAUAUAUAUAGUGAAACCUGGAGAUUUUAAAGAGAGCGUAUAUAGCUCUCAAAAAUCAAAGGUAAAGUCACACUACGACUUAAGUUCCAUAGCACUAUUUCAUCUAUAUACAUGUACGUACAUAUAUAAGAAAAAAAUGAAUGUUCUCCUUCAAGGAGAAUUUUUUUUUCAUUUCUAUUAUUCAUAUUGUGUUUUGUUCCUACUUACUUUGUCAAUUUGUUUGAAAUGAAGAAAAAUAAAUUCAAUCAAUCAAUCAAUCAAUCAAGGAUAGAAAUAAUCUACCAAAUAAUUGAAGAAUAGCCGAAGAAAAUUUCACUUCUGCUAGUUUCAUUUAAUCUGCAGAAAGUGAAAUUCAAUCUUCACCUUCUAAAGAUUAAAUGAAACUAGUAGAAGUGAAAUUUUCUUCGGCUAUUCUUCAAUUAUUUUGUUAUUACUUACUCUUUCUGUUGUCUAAAACUAGUUGGUAGUUAAUGAAACAACAAAUAUCUUUGAAUCUGUUGAUAAUGACCAGGGCCCUGUAACAAGCAGCUUAGCGUUUGAUUAUGGGACUUAUUUUUACGAUUUAUCAUACAAAACAAUGCAAUCAAUGACAGAAAUCGACCCAACGAUCGAUCGCAAGGCCUUAUGUUACGGGGCCAAGGUGUGCUAGAUAGCUAAAAAGUGAAAAAGUGAAGAGGAAGCGGAAACCCUCUUAAAAACUGAUAUAUACAUUCCUAUAUUGUUUCUGUUUUUAUUACUGGAUAAUACUUUGUAAUUUUGUUGAUUUGUUUAUGUUCAUGUUUUUUGAUGCUGUAUAAAACCUAUUUCUCCUUUUGAUGAAAGUAAAUUGAAGAGUUUG